CCUCACUUCUACUUCUUUCCCUAUCUCCUUGUCCUUUUUUUUUCAUCCGUAUUUGUUGUGCAGUUCUCUUUGAUUUCUGUGCUUUAUUGCAGGUUUUUAUUUUUCUCCCCCGCGACCUGACCUCCGACUCAACCUCUCUGGAGCCCCAUUCGAAGCUGUCGCCGCCUCCUCUUCCCCGACAUCGUUAAUCCUUCGCUCAGUUGGUCGUACAACAAGACUAUCCUUGAACAAUGGUUGGGCUUGCUUCGGCCGCUGGCCUUGUGGGGUUCCUGUCAGAGCCGGAUUCAGAGCUGAGGGUCUUCGCUCUGAAGACAUUAGACUCUCAGAUUGACCUCCUUUGGACAGAGGUGGUCGAUGCUAUCCCUCAAAUUGAGGCGCUCUACGAAGAUGAAAGCUUCCCCGAACGCGGCCUCGCCGCCCUAGUGGCUGCGAAGGUUUACUACCACCUCCAGGAAUACAACGAGAGUAUGGUGUUUGCCCUGGGAGCUGGCAAACUGUUUGAGUUGGAUAAUGGUGGCGAGUUUGAGGAAACAAUUAUCGCCAAAUGUGUCGAUACUUUCAUCUCGUUAUCAGCUGCCCAGCGGCCUGCGGUAGGCGACCAGCCUGUCAACCUGAAUACUGCGUUCCCCACCUCAGCUGAGGGUGCUACGAGUACCUCUGUCAGCCUUACCUCCCCCAUCACACCAUUUUCACAAUCGGCUUUGCCAUCAAAGUCAUUGUUGUCUAGACAGGAAGCCCCCGCAGUCGAUGCAACCUAUCCGGGAGGUGAGGAUACAAGCCUUAAGCAGGUUGAGACCCCUCUGGUCCUCAAGCGAGGAGUUCAGGGACAACUGCAAUCUGUCAUCGAACGCUUGUUUGAGCAAUGCUUCCUCCAGAAGCGCUAUCGCCAGGUUAUUGGAAUUGCUAUCGAAGCUAAGAACCUGGACGUCCUGCGAAGGACUAUUAUCCGUGCCAGUGAAGACGAAAAAUUGCAGAACGGCGAAUCCCGCCGAAGCGAGGAGCUGAUGGAAUAUGUGUUGGAUAUCUGCAUGGGGAUUGUUCAAGAGCGCGCUUUCCGCAAUGAGAUUCUCAAACUUAUCCUCGACCUCCUCAACGAGAUCCCCGCCCCCGACUAUUUCUCCAUCGCCAAAUGCGUAGUUUACCUCAACGAACACUCUAUGGCUUCCGUUAUUCUUCGUCAAUUGGUAGAAAAGGGCGAUGCUCGAUCGCUUGCCGUUGCCUACCAGAUUUCUUUUGAUCUUUACGACAAUAGUACACAGGAAUUCCUUCAGAAGGUUCGACAGGAAAUCGCUGAGCUUGUACCCGAAAGCAGCGUCGCUGAAGGGCAAGAAAAGGCGGGCGAACAGGCAGAGCCGACAGAGUCUGAUCGUUUGUUAGACGAUCAAUCUACAUCUAUUGGCGCCAACGAUGAUUCCAAAAUCCCGGCUGAAGCGAAAACCGCCUAUAAGAAUAUUCUAGAUAUUCUGGACGGUCUAAAGACGAUUCAGUUGAACUUGGAGUUCUUAUACCGGAAUAACAAGGCGGACAUAGCUAUCCUAAACAAGGUUCGUGACAGCCUGGAAGCGCGCAACUCAAUAUUCCACACCGCGGUUACUCUCUCCAAUGCGUUUAUGCAUGCUGGCACCACCCACGACAAGUUCUUCCGCGACAACCUGGAGUGGCUUGGAAAGGCUGUCAACUGGUCCAAGUUCACCGCUACCGCUGCUUUGGGUGUUAUCCAUCGUGGCAACCUUAGCCAAGGCCAGAAGCUUUUGCAGCCAUAUCUCCCUCGGGAACAUAUUGCUGGUGUUGGUGGUUCGGGUUCAGUUUAUAGCCAGGGUGGAUCCUUGUAUGCAUUUGGUUUGAUUUACGCUAAUCAUGGUGGAAUGGCGGUGGAUCUUAUUCGUGACCACUUCAAGAAGGCCACCGAGGAAGUUGUUCAACACGGUGGUGCUUUGGGUCUAGGUGUUGCAGGUAUGGCGACCGGGGAUGAGGGCAUCUAUGAAGAUCUACGAAACGUUCUUUACAGCGACUCAGCUCUUAACGGUGAAGCUGUUGGUCUUGCCAUGGGGUUGGUGAUGCUGGGAACCGGUAACAUGAAGGUGCUCGAAGACAUGAUCCAAUACGCUCAUGAUACCCAGCACGAGAAGAUUGUCCGUGGUCUAGCUAUGGGUAUGGCUUUGAUCAUGUACGGUCGCCAGGAGGCCGCAGAUGAAUUGAUUAAUGGCCUUUUGGGCGACCCCGACCCAACCCUUCGCUACGGUGGUAUCAUGACUAUUGCGCUUGCUUACUGUGGUAGCAGCAGCAACAAGGCCGUUCGCAAACUCCUUCAUGUUGCUGUUAGUGAUGUCAACGAUGAUGUCCGUCGUAUUGCUGUUCUGAGUCUGGGGUUCAUCUUGUUCAGGAAGCAUCAAAGUGUGCCCCGUAUGGUGGAGCUGCUUUCCGAAUCCUAUAACCCUCACGUCCGGUAUGGUGCCGCUAUGGCUCUCGGUAUCUCUUGUGCUGGAACCGGUCUGGAUGAGGCGAUUGAUCUCUUGGAGCCCAUGCUCAAGGAUUCUACAGAUUUCGUCAGACAGGGUGCGCUGAUUGCGCUGUCUAUGGUCUUGGUGCAGCAGAAUGAAGCUAUGAACCCCCGCGUCAGCUCUCUGCGCAAAGCCAUGAUGAAGAUGAUCGGUGAUAGACACGAGGAUGCCAUGGCCAAGUUUGGUUGUGCAGUUGCUCUCGGUAUCAUCGAUGCUGGUGGCCGUAACUGCACAAUCAGUCUGCAAACGCAGACCGGCAACCUUAACAUGCCCGGCAUUGUUGGUGCUGCCGUCUUUAUUCAAUACUGGUACUGGUUCCCUCUGACCCACUUCCUGUCGCUCAGCUUCGCGCCAACUUCCGUCAUCGGUGUGGACCAGAAGCUGGAGGUGCCCUUCUUCAAGUUCCACAGCAACACAAGGCCUAGCCUUUUCGACUACCCCCCCGAGCAGCAGGUCAAGACCGAGGAAGCCCCAGAGAAGGUUAAGACCGCUGUUCUGUCCACAACAGCCCAGGCCAAACGACGUGCCCAGCGCCGUGAGAAGCAACAGCGACGAGAGAGCAUGGAUAUCGACCAAACCCCCACAACACCCAAGGUGUCAGAUCAGAUGCCAGACAAGAUGGACACCGAUGAGGGUGCCGUUAAGGGCGAGGAGGACGCCAAGGACGCUGAGAAGGAAGCUGUAGAGGGUCAGAAGAAGAAGAUUGAGCGGGAGAAGGUUGGAUAUGAACUGGAGAACAUGUCGCGGGUGCUCCCCGCUCAAUUGAAAUAUCUCACUUUCCCCGACCCGCGGUAUGAACCUGUCAAACGGCCUACCGGUGGAGUUGUCGUUGUGCUAGAUAAGAAACCCGAGGAGCCCCGAGAAACCAUUGAGAUGAAGGCUAGUAAGGAGGCCAAACAGCCCGCAGCUCCCGCAGAGAGCUUCCAGGACCGGCUCCACGCCGCCAUUGGCGCGGCAGCUCUCCAGACGCCACAACGUGGGAUCGGGCGUGCGGGAUUGGUUCCCGAGUCCAUCUCGACGCCUGGAGCCACGGCUGCGGCGGGUGUGCUGACAGCCGUGGAUGAGGACGAAGAUGGUGGGGAGGAAGCGCCUGUUCCAGAGGAGUUCGAAUAUGAGACUGAGGGGGAAGAAGAAGAAGAAGAAG